AUGGAUGCCUCAUUCCUCUCCCAUAUCUUCAAUCUUUUGCUUCUAUUGGUACCAACAUCUGCAAUCAUAUUCCACAAAGGCACGCAUAGUUUGAGAGAACAGUGUCAUGAAAGAGAUCGCCAUGUCCUCCUAAACUUCAAACACACAGUUGAUGAUCCAUCAUCCAUCCUCUCUAGUUGGUCAGAUGAUUGCAGAGAUUGUUGUGAGUGGGUUGGAAUUCAGUGUGACAACGCCACAGGUAGGGUUAUCAAACUCAGUCUACCUUGUUCUCUAGAAGCCCAUGAUUAUGAUUGUGAAGAGAAGAAAUAUCAUUGUCUCACAGAUCUUUUCAUUGAUAGUCUUCAUUGGAUUUAUAAUUUUUCCUCCUUGAAAUACAUCAACUUUAGAGGCAUUAAUCUUCAUGGGAAAGUUGAUUGGCUUCAAAUAGCAACUUCACUUCCUUCCCUUUCAGAAUUGCGCCUGGAUAGUUGCCAACUUCAAAGCAUAAAUCCAUCUCUCCAGUAUGUAAAUUUUACUUCACUUGAAGUUCUUAGCCUUUCGGGUAAUGCUUUUAACUCUGAAUUCUUUCCAAACUGGUUAUUCAAUCUUAGUGAUGUCAUCACCUCUGUCAACCUGAGCUAUAAUUAUUUUCAUGGCGAACUACCAAAGAGACUGUUGAAUCUUCAAAAAUUAAAAAGCUUGGAUUUGCAUGGCAAUAAAUUGAGUGGACCAAUUCCAGCUUGGUUAGGCCAGCUUGAACACCUGCAAGUGUUUGAUGUUAGUGAGAAUUUACUUUCUAGCCCUAUUCCUCCUGGUUUGGGAAAUCUAUCAUCCUUGAUUACUUUGAAUCUCAAUUCAAAUAACGUAAAUGGUAGUCUUCCAGAAAGUCUUGGACAGCUCUUGAACUUGGAGAUGUUAUCUUUUCAUGAUAAUCACUUGAUGGGGCAUGUAUCUGAAAGAAAUUUUGUCAGACUCUAUAAUUUGAAAGUUCUUGGUAUGGGAUCUCCAAGCUUAAUCUUUGACUUUGAUUUGUUGUGGGUUCCUCCUUUUCAGCUGAUAGAGUUACAUUUGCUGCACAUGGUGGAUUCCAUAUUUCCUGAAUGGAUAUAUACACAAAAAUCUCUUAGAGUGUUAAUAAUUGUCUCCUCAAGUAUUUCAUUUCAGUCUCAAGAUAACUUUUGGAAUUUUGCAACACAGUUUGGAUGCUUAUGUUCACAAAAUAUUACAAUUGAUUGGGAAAUGUCUGAUGUGUUACUGACUCCUCAUACAUAA